GAACCGGUCCCGUGCCCCAACUCCACCAGCAGUCGGGGGUAUUUGGGAGUAUUGCUGCCCCUUCCAGCGGAAGGAACCAGCUUCGGGACCGAGAGAUAGGACGGUUAAGUCGCGAAGAAAGUUUACUGCCCGGGAGCAAUCUGGACUACUUUCAAUCUGCUCGCUGUCGACGGCGGUUGGUGCUUUUGCCAGUAGUGCGUCUUCAAACUCCCAUUUUGCCAAACGCUCUUGUUCUGUUCGCGACGACGGCUUUUUUUGGUGUUUGUUGUUAAGUGCGGUUGUUAAGCUUGUUUUUAAUUUUCACCGUUACAAACCGUUACACUUGCACUGCGUUUAGUUUAGGUGCAUUUUUGUUUUGUUUGCUCCAAGUGUCCACCAUCGGAAAGCCAUAGAAAAUAGCAAAACGGAAAAGAUGCUUUCCAAGCUCAUUAUCCUUUCGUGCCUGGUGGCAGUGGCCAUCUGCGAGUCGAAGCUGAAGGUGGACGUUAUCAGCGUACCGGAGGGUUGCACCACCAAAUCAAAGAACGGCGAUAUGCUGACGAUGCACUACACCGGCAAGCUGACCGAUGGAACCAAAUUCGACUCCAGUUUCGACCGUGACCAGCCUUUCACCUUCCAGCUCGGAGCCGGUCAGGUAAUUAAAGGAUGGGACCAAGGUUUGACAGACAUGUGCGUCGGUGAGAAGCGUAUGCUGACCAUCCCGCCAGAGCUCGGUUAUGGUGACCGAGGAGCAGGAAACGUCAUUCCUGGCGGUGCGACCCUCGUGUUCGACGUCGAGCUGAUCAACAUCGGUGACUCGCCCCCAACCACCAACGUGUUCAAGGAGAUCGACGAAAACAAGGACAUGCAGCUGAGCCGUGAGGAGGUGAGCGAGUACCUGAAGAAACAGAUGGUCGCCGCCGACGGUGGCCAGGAGUCGGAGGACAUCAAGAACAUGAUCGCCGAACACGACAAGCUGGUGGAGGAGAUCUUCCAGCAUGAGGAUAAGGACAAGAACGGCUACAUCUCGCACGACGAGUUUUCGGGCCCGAAGCAUGACGAGCUGUAAGACUGGCCGGUACAGGCAAGGGUGGACGGUUGUUUCCGUUUCUUUUAGUAAUGUUAUUAUAACUCAGUUGUUUUUUGUUUUAACGUCGAUAAAAUCUACGUCCAGCAUACGGUUCUAUUUAACGUACGUUAGUUAGUACGCAGCGGAAGGGCAUACACACAGUUGAGGACUUAUUUCGUGCGAAUGCGAAUCCCAUUCGACCAGUUGUUAGUGGUUUGUUGAUUUUCGGUAGUUAGUUUUUCCGUCGGUUUGCUAGAAUUUCGUUUAGCGGGUUGGGAAGGUUAUUAUUUAAUAGAAUUACCGUUCAAUCCGUUGUGAAAUUCACUUUCAAAUUCACAACGCAUCAGCAGAUUUGCAGGUGGAAUGUUCUAAACAGAUUCGAACGAAACAGCGCACAUUCAUCUCACCGUUCGCACACAGUACGUCCCAUUCGAUGGGACAGUCGAGAUAUAUACACAGAACGAGGAAAAGCAAACCCCAAACAAUCAUUCCCUUUUUUUUCGGUUUCGGUCGUGUAAAUACAUUCACAUCACGCGGGAUAGUACUGAAAGGUGAGGGAUCGUGUUUCAGUUUUAGAGGAAUAUGAUUAGGAACGAGCAUAGCGAAACAACGUGAACAUCAUCACUUAAACGGUUACAAGUACACGAACUUUACAUAUCACAACAACAAUAACACACAAACGGAAAAUAAACUAUUUGUACGAAAAGGAAA